AUGAUCCCUGUCAAGGUUAUCAAACUAAUCGAAGCCUACUGUAGAAGCUACAUUUGGUCUGGUGGGAAUGUUAUCACCAAGAGAGCAUUAGUAGCAUGGGAGAGAUUAUGCAUUCCAAAGUCAGCUGGUGGGCUGAAUCUCAACAACUUAAGCUUGUGGAAUGAGGCUGCUAUAACAAAGACAUGUUGGGAUCUUGCUCACAAACAAGAUAAGUUGUGGAUUAAAUGGGUCCACACUUACAAUAUCAAAUCUCAACCUUUCAUGGAUACACCACUGCCAAAGCAGGCGUGCUGGGUUAUUAGGAAAAUUUUGGAAGCUAGACCUCAAUUAACACUGGUACCAUUGCAUCCCAAACCAGCCUGGAGGUUAGAGAUAGAUAGCAGAUUACUUACAUGGCUGCAGGGCCAGCCCCUUAGAGUACACGACUGGAACCAACAUUACCAAUGGGUACUUAAGAAUGCUCAAGGGAAAUCCAAAGAAGCUCAACUAUUCAAACUAGUUUAUGCUGAGUGUGUGCAUGGCAUAUGGAUGGAGCGAAACCUCAGAAUUUUCGAACAUACAAGCAACAGUAUAGAGAAUAUUGCUAGAAAAGUAUUUCGGCAAAUGGCUGCAAGGAGACCAGGGAAUUAUAAACCAAGAAUUUGGGAAGACGAUUUUGUGCAAUCACAAACUAGUGUUUAUAUGGGAGAAGAAUACUCAAAGCAAGCUGCAAAGCUCAAAGAAAAUGUGAGGAUGAUGCUUAAUGAAAAAGAUAUGAGACUAUUAGAUCAACUCGAUCUUGUUGCUACUUUACAAAGACUUGGCAUUCACUAUCACUUUGAGGUUGAGGAUUACACUGGGUUGAUACUGUUGUUGUAUACUCCUAAGUACCAAAUCAAGGAUACUGAUAUAUUGGCAGCAUUUCGACUGACUCCUCAACCUAGAGUUCCACAUGAAGAAGCUGGGAUCGCGUUAGCUGUCAAAUCUUCUACUCAUACUUUUUUCUUCUUUAUUGUAGAGGUAUUUAGUACAUUUAUGGAUGAGGAAGGAAAGUUCAAGAAAAUCCUUUGCAUGGACAUAAAGGGGGUGCUUAGUUUGUAUGAAGCUUCAUACCUUUCCAUUGAAGAUGAAAGCAUUAUGGACAUGGCUCAAGAGUUCUCCAUUCAUUUUCUGAAGAAAUAUCUUAAGCAAAAAGUGGAUGAUGAGAAUAUUCUAGUUAAACAAGUGAGCCAUGCCUUGGAAAUGCCACUGCAUUGGAGGAUGCAGAGACUAGAGGCAAGAUGGUUCAUAGAUAAUGUAUAUGAAGAAACAGGGUGUUUUAACCCCAUCCUGCUUGAGCUCGCUAAGUUGGAUUUCAACAUGGUCCAAGCUUUGUAUUUGGAUGAACUGAAACAUCUUUCAAGGUGGCACAAAAAUAUAAAUCUCGCAGAGAUGAUGGGGUUUACAAGGGAUAGAUUGGUGGAAUGUUUUUUAUGGAGUGUGGGGUUCUCUUUUGAACCAAAGUUUUGGUACUGUCGAAAAUGGUCAACAAAACUUGCUGAAUUAAUUACAACCAUUGAUGACAUGUAUGAGCUUCAUGGUACCUUGGACGAACUUGCCAUAUUCACUGACAUGGUUGACAGAUGGGAUAUCAAUGCAAUGGAGCAGCUACCAAGCAGCAUCAAGAUGUGUUUUUUAGCUCUUUUUAAUUCUAUCAACGAGUUGGCCUAUGACAUUCUAAAAGAACAAAAUACUAAUAUCCUCCCUUACUUGAGAAAAUCGUGGAUAGAACUUUGUAAAACUUAUUUGGUGGAUGCAAAGUGGUAUUAUGAUCAACACACCCCAAGUUUUCAUGAGUUUUUGGACCAUGCUUGGGUUUCAAUUUCUGGUCCUUUGUUAAUAAAGCAUGCCUACAUUUGUACCAUGGAUCCUAUAAAAAAAGAUGACUUGGAUCUUCUUGAACAAAACUCCCCUUUAGUUCAAUGGCCAUCACUCAUUGGUCGUCUUGCUGAUGACUUGGCAACUUCUCCAGAUGAAAUAGAGAGAGGUGAUGCUCCAAAAUCAAUCCAAUGUUACAUGAUGGAAACAGGAAAUUCAGAAGAAAAUGCUCGAGUUUAUUUGAGGGAUUUAAUUGGACAAACAUGGAAGAAAAUGAACAAAGAAGUACUAAUGGAUCGAACUACGUCUUUCUCCAAAGAUUUUGUUAGAACUGCAAUGAAUUUUGCUAGGAUUUCACAGUACAUGUACCAAUAUGGAGAUGGCUAUGGUAGACCAGAUGGAGAGACAAAGAGGCGCAUAUUAUCCUUAUUUUUUGAACCAAUUCCUCUGUGA